AUAGGGUACCUUAGGCAGCACCGUGAAGUCCGGAUUCGAGUGAUGGGAUACUCGCUGUAGUUUCAGUAUCCAAGCCUACUAUCCUCGAUGUUGUUGCAAUGCUAAUAUCGACUACCCCUUUGAGGCCGAAGUUUCGGCCAAGGAAAUAAGCAGAGUAUUUUUAUUCAGUGGUUGCCAUCCUACUGAAUAUAUAUUGGGGCGAUGUUCAUCAUCCUUCAAAUGUGGCCGAGGUGGGAACCAGUCUUUCGGAAUUUUUCGCUCUUCUUUUUCUUUUCGCUUCGCUUCUUUACGAUAUAUCUUUGCUGCGCUCCGGGAGCCUUUUCGCAUUUUAAUAUUUUCUCUCGUUAAUUAUUUCAGUCUUUCAUUCUUACUCAAGAUAUUCGUUUCUCAGUUGUUUAGUCGAUAUGCCGUCAGUCAUUUCUCGAUUUUUCUUCCUAGCCGCGUCUGUGACGCCGGUAUUAGGGUUUUGCGGUUCCCACACACAUCUCGACCGAAGAGCAGAAGGAGAGGAGGUACCGAUCUCGACAUUUGGGUAUACCGGCUCGGUGGGACCUCUUCUCUGGACUCAGCUGGACACUGCUGCCAAUGAACUAUGCUCGACGGGCAGCAACCAGUCCCCAAUCAAUAUGGCCGAUGGACAAUUCACCCUCAUUCCGGCAUCCGACAUCGAGUUAACCGUUCCCGACGUUACAGAAGGUGCAACCUUUGAGAACCUCGGGUCAACAGUGGAAGUUGUCAUGAAAGAUGUCGGAGGGACGUUCGUCCUCGAGGGAAAGAAUUACACACUAGAGCAAUUCCAUUUCCAUCACCCCAGCGAGCAUCUUGACAAUGGUGUCAGCCUGCCGAUGGAAAUGCACAUGGUAUUCACCACGGAGGAGGAGGAAAUUGCCGUGAUCGGUAUCUACGUCGACAUUGUAGACUCCCCGACAGUUCUUCAACUUCAUCUCCACCCUCGAAGAUCCUCGUCGACUCUACUCGAAACCAUCUUCUCUUCUAUCGGAGAAAUUGCCACACCCGGUACCUCGACGAAGACUCAGCCUCUGGUUAUGUCGGAAUUGGUCACGCAGCUGCUGGCGGGUAGCUUCCAACGGUAUUCCGGCUCUCUCACGACCCCGCCCUGUUCCGAGGGUGUCGCCUGGUCUGUAGCGACCGAAAAGCUCCGGCUGUCUAAGACGACCUUCCAGGCAGUACGUGAUGUUGUUGGAUUCAACUCCCGCUACCCUCAGAACAACCUUGGCGAGGUGAACCUGCUUGCGACAGCCGCAACCGCUGCAGCUCCCUCUGCUCCCGGGAAUUCUACUGUAGCCCGGAGACGAUGGGUCAGGUAAUGGGAAGGGUCUUGGGGGGAUAGGUUUCAUCUCAUGGAAUUUCGGAUUGCAUUGUAAAGAUACUUGGCGAUACCCUUGAUUUUAAGAAGAUUCGCUUGGAUCUGUAUUAAAAUACACAAUAUAUAGGCUUGUAUAAAGGAUUAUAUGGAAAUGUAGUUGUAAAAGAGGACUGCAAAGAUGAGUAAUUUGAAGUUAACUAGACUUAAAAGUUGAAGGCGCUUGCUGUUAUAUUAAGCUCAAAAUUGGAAACUUGACACUCUAUAUUUGUAUGCGAGUCUGGCUUGGAUACCUAUUCUUGGUCUUCUUGGUCUUCUUGGCAGGCCAUCAAGGUAUAAUUGAAGUUGCCAAGGUGAAGGUGCUUCCGUGA